UCGUACAUUACUCCAAUCAUUGCCUCAAUUACAAACAAUAAAUUCAAGCAAGACAUCUCGAAUACCUCAAUUUUCUUAACUCUAUAAAUACCAUAAUCAUUUAUCCUUUUUUCCCAACAUCAUAGUGCAUAAUCUUUCAUUUCUAUUACAAAAAAAAUCAAUCCAUCUUUACUCAAACAUUAUGACUAGUAAGCUUAUAACACCUUUCAUUAUUUUCCUCUUUUCUUCUAUACUUAAUUUAUUCAUAAAAUCAUCAAAUGCAUCAACAACCUACAAUGUAUUAAGCUUUGGUGCAAAACCAAAUGGCCAAAUUGAUGCAACUCAAUCAUUUCUAAAUGCAUGGAGAGCUGCUUGUACCUCAGUUGAACCAUCGACGAUUUACGUUCCGAAGGGACGUUAUUUAAUAAAAGAAGCAACAUUUAGAGGUCCAUGUAAAAGUAAAAUUACAGUAAAGAUUGAUGGAACUCUUGUUGCACCAUUGGAUUAUUGGGGAAUUGGUAAUUCUGGUUAUUGGAUUUUGUUUAUUGAGGUUAAUGGGAUUUCAGUUAUAGGUGGGAGUAUUGAUGCUAAAGGAGAUGGUUUUUGGGCUUGUAGAAAGUCAGGAAAUAAUAAUUGUCCAGUUGGAGCUAGGUCUAUAACCUUCAAUUGGGCUAAUGAUGUUGUGGUAAGUGGUUUACUAUCAAUCAACAGCCAGGUAACACACCUUGUGAUCAAUAGUUGCAACAAUGUAAUGGUUAAAAAUGUAAAAGUAAUAGCCCCAGAUCAAAGCCCAAACACAGAUGGAAUUCAUGUUCAAUCAUCAACAAAUGUUACUAUCAUUGGUUGUAGAAUCAAAACUGGAGAUGAUUGUAUAUCUAUUGGUCCUGGUACAAGAAAUCUUUGGAUGGAGAAAAUUUUAUGUGGACCUGGACAUGGUGUUAGCAUUGGAAGUCUAGGAAGGGAAUAUGAAGAAGAUGGGGUGCAAAAUGUAACAUUAUCUUAUUCAAUAUUCACAGGAUCUGAUAAUGGAUUAAGAAUUAAAUCUUGGGCAAGACCUAGCACAAGUUUUGUCAAAAAUAUUAAUUAUCGUAACAUAGUUAUGAAGUACGUUGAUAAUCCAAUCAUAAUUGAUCAGAAUUAUUGCCCAAACAACAAAGAUUGUCCACAACAGACUUCUGGUGUGAAGAUUAAUGAUGUAAUAUACAAAAAUAUAGAAGGGACAUCAACAACAGAAGUUGCUAUGAACUUUGACUGCAGCCCAAGCAAUCCAUGCCAAGGAAUCCAAAUACAAGACAUAAAGCUCACUUAUAUGAACAAAAAAGCAAAAUCAUUUUGCAACAACAUUCAAGGAACUAAAAAAGGAGUUAUUUGGCCUGCUACUUGUAUAUGAAUAUAUUUAUACUUACUUUUCAUUACCAUAUACAUUUAUUUAUUUACAUCAACUACACAAUUUAAAUAUUAUUCUCUUGAUUUUACUAAAUAUAAAACUAUGUCAAAAUUUUACGUAUAUAUAUAUAUAAUAUAAUUUUUUAAUAAAAAGUGUUCAAUUGAACACUCUAGAACCUACGUGGCUCCGCUCC